AUGAGUGGAACGUCGACUACGUUUCCGAGCGCAGUUGUGCAGGAAGUCAAUCACCUUGUUGACAAUCGCGUCGAAGAUAUUCGUCAAGCUCAAUCCGAUCAGCAGGAGGGAAUCGAUGCGUUGAAGGUUACCUCAACGGCCUAUGGACGUCAGCUAGACAAGUUGAAAGAGUCAGUGGCAAGUCGUUUCCACCCUUCCUCUCGAUGUCACUGGUACCAAUAUACAUUGUCAGCUCGAGACAAAGAGGUCAAAGAGCUGAAGAGUAAAGUGCAAGCCUUGUCGAAAGAUCUUGAGUCCAAUGUGGAAGAUCUACAGGGCUGUGUAUCCGAAAUCAAGAAACAGUUAAGCCAGCACAAGGAUGAGCUCAAGGCGUCGCAAAUGUCGUUCAGAUCGAGAUUAGAAAAGAUUUAUGACCACCUUCGUAAACUGACGGGCGUUGCGAAGUAUGCGUAUGCAAUGAAGCAAACCUUAGGGCGCCACGAAAACGAGAUUUCUCAGAAUGCCGAGAUACACGUAGAGCAACUCGAAGAAUUACGCCAGCUUGUGUUGGAGCUAACCGAGCAAUCACAGCAGGCCGAACAUCGAAGAGUUGAAUUGGAGCACGAACGUUCUCAAGUGGAUAGGCUUCUACAGUGGCUAUUUCAGCGACAACCAAUGCAGAGUGAGCGUGGAAGUCCCCUUGCCGCGGAACUAGGAUACUCGGUUCCAAGCUCAUCGAAUGGCGGACUCGGAUGGAAAGAUUGGGGCUGGUGCCCUUGGCUGAGCUACCAGGACGUUGAAGUCGGGUACAGCACGGACGCAUCAGAAACGACCAUGCAGGGAGAGCCAACGAGGGGGUACAUUGCAAAAGAGGCCUUGUUAUCGGUACUCAAAGGGUGCAGACCUUCAAGGGUAGUCUCUUCACUCACAAUUACAAUUCCCGCCGUCAUUCUUGCCAGUUGCGCUGUCUUUUUGUUCAACUCAAAGCAACAGAAUCCUACGCCAAUUUUCCCAACACUCGAAACCGUGCCGUUCGACUGGUCCUUGAAUGACCCCAGCAACUGCGAUACCCCGGAUGCGACUACGCAGGCAAUUGAACUUGCAUCGACGAUCGCACCGGAGGAAAUCCGGGGGCAAUACUCCGUCGACAGAAGAUCUCGUGCAGAGACAAUUGUAUCGACCGUGAUCAUGACGGGGCAAGGUCCUACAUCUCCUAUGGCUCACUACGACGUCGUGACGACAAGGUCGAUCGAGAUCGUGUCGACGGCGGAAACCUCGAGGCCAGUAGUACUUGAGGAGAGCUCGGAGACUGAGGCCAUUGCGGUCGAAUCAACAACAUCGGUUCUUGACGAUCUCGUGGCGACAGAGGCGCUCGAGGCGGUAUCGACUGCGACGAGGGGAAACUCAGAGACAUCGUGGACCAGCGUUGAAAGGCGUACGCGUGGUGCAAACGGAGGACCUCGUUCACGCCUGCGUCGUCAUAGGAAGAUUCUAUCGCUGCAUACGUAA